UCUGCCGGCCCCGCCCCCGCAGCUCCCCGUGCCUCCCCCCGUGGCUCCGCCGGCCGCGCCUCACCCGCUGCGAAGCGCGGUUGACAUCCUAGUUUAUCCAUAAAGAGUGGUUUCCGGCAAGCCACCUCUCCCUUCCAACGGCCACCAUGAGCCACCAAUCUCCCCUUUUCAAGCGCAAUCCCCGUCCCCUCCCUUCCGAAUCCCAUUUCAUCUCCCUCGUCCACUCCUCCAAAUCUCCUCUCCACCUCAAACAGAUACACGCCGACCUCCUCCUUUGCCGCCUUCCCCUCACCGGGCGCCUUGCAGCGCAGCUCGUCGCCGCCUGCUCCCUCUCCUUCUUCCACCACCACCACUCCCCCUCGUCUCCCUCCACCCCUCUCUUCGACGCCUUCAUCCGCGCCCUCUCCAAAAAUUCCCUCUUCUCAUCCGCCCUCUCUCACUUCGCCCUCAUGGUCCGCUCUGGCCUCCGGCCCGGCCGCCUCGCGUUCCCUUUUGCCCUCAAAUCCGCUGCCUCUCUUCCUGAUCCCAGCGUCGGCGCUUCCCUCCACGCCUUCGCCGCCAAGCUUGGCGUCGACCUCGAUCCUUUUGUCCGCACCUCCCAUGUCGAUAUAUAUGUCAAGCUCGGUUCGCCUGUCCUCGCGCUCCAGAUGUUUGAUGAUACUCCUGAAUGGCAUAGGUCUACCAAUGUGCUACUCUGGAAUGUCUCGAUUAGUGCAUGCUGCCAGUCGGGUGAUCUGGAGGGUGCACAGAGGCUCUUUGAGUCAAUGCCGGAGAGGAGUGUAGCUUCUUGGAACAGUAUGAUUCAUGGGUACAUGCAAAAAGGUCAUGUGUUGCAGGCAGCCGAGCUUUUCAAUCAGAUGCCUGAGAGGAAUGUGGUUUCUUGGACGACGAUGAUAGCAGGUUUCUCGCAGCUGGGUGAAAAUGAGCGGGCUUUGCGAACUUCUGAUGGGAUGUUGGAAGCUGGCAUAAGGCCUAACAAUUAUACAAUUGCAUCCGUGCUCUCUGCUUGUGCAAGGAUGGGUGCUCUGGAGAGUGGCAUUCGGAUCCAUGAGUAUGUCCUAAAGAACAGGUUUCGGGCGGAUGGAGCAAUAGGAACAGCUGUUGUUGAUAUGUAUUCAAAAUGCGGGAAGAUUGACCGUGCAAGCGAGGUAUUUGAUCAUAUGGAGGAUAGGGAUAUUCUUACUUGGACUGCAAUGUUAAUGGGUUGGGCUGUCCAUGGGAAUGGGGAGCAAGCACUUCAGUGCUUCAGGGACAUGAUAUGUGCAGGUGUCAAGCCUGAUGGAGGAGUGUUCUUGGCCAUGCUAAUGGCAUGCUCGCACUCUGGAAAGGUGGAGCAUGGGCUUGAGCUGUUUGAUAGCAUGAGAUAUGAUUAUAAGAUUGAGCCAGAUGUGAAGCAUUACACCUGCAUGGUGGACCUGUUUGGAAGAGCUGGACAGCUGGAUGAAGCCCUUGCUUUCAUGGAGGCUAUGCCCAUUGAACCAGACUUUAUUGUUUGGGGUUCUCUUUUUAAUGCUUGUCAAUCUCAUAAGAAUGUUAAAUUAGGUGAAUUUGCAGCAGAGAAGCUUCUCAAACUCAAGCCUAAACAUCAGGGUAGCUACAUCUUCCUUGCCAAUAUCUAUGCUGGGGCUGGCAGAUGGGAGGAUGCCGAGAAGGUGAGGAUCACUAUGAAGGAUAGGGGCAUGGAGUUGUCACAUGGGUGGAGUAACAUUGAGGUGGAGGGAAGCACACAUCAUUUUGUUGCUGGUGAUUGAUCUCACCCUAGUUUGAGAGAUAUGUACGAUAAAUUAGAGUAACUAAUAACGUGGGCAAGACAACAGGGGUAUGAUCCCAACACAGAGUACAUUGAUGAAUUGGGUAAGGACUCGCUGGAAUGCCAUAGUUAGAAAUUGGUGCUUGCUGCCACCCAAGGUCAGUGUUUUUCAAAGCCUGUUGUUAGUUUUUUAAAAUAAUUCCAAUUCAUUGUUUUAAGUGCUUUUUGUUAAUGAGAACCAAGGAUUUAAAUGCAUGAUAG